AUUGAACCGGAAACCAACGUCAUUUUGGGCCAAUCUCAGCGCUCUGGAGUGACAUAAUGGAAUUUUUAGGGCUAGAAAGCGAGCGAGGUCUGGCGCUGCGCAUAGCAGUCGUGCCAUCGGGAAAAGACAAUCUCAUCCGCGCGCAAGAGAGACACAUCAGAGACCCUCAGGCAGUACAGCUCAAGUGGUCGUCUGAUAAAGUCACCGAUAGUGAGAGGAAACAGGACCAUUAAGGAAUAAGGAUCAGCUGAUUUCCUCAUGUUUGGAUGUUACUGCUCGAUAAUCUUCAAUGCGUAACGCUCAACACUCCCUCAUGUGAGGGUGUAGAAUGGAAACAAGUCUCUACACAGGCACCGUGGUGAAUAAUCCGACGGUCUCCAGCUUCUACAGCCAGAACACGAUGAUGAAGAAGGACAUUAAUCUGAACCUGGACGACCAGAACCCCGAGCUCAAAUCAAACCCUCUCCGAGACGCAGACGGACUUCUUAACUCCCCGGACUUGGGACUCUUGAAAUUAACCACUCCGGAUCUGGAGCGCCUUAUCAUCCAGUCAAACGGUCUGGUCACCUCCUCCGGCAACAACACGGCCUCUCAGUUCCUGUACCCAAAGUCGGCCAGUGACGAGCAGGAGUUCGCGGAAGGUUUCGUGAAGGCGUUGGAGGAUCUUCACAAGCAGAACCAGCUGAGCGAGGCGGGGUGCGUCUCCGUGGACAGACUGGAGCUGCUCGGCCAUUCCAACACGGUGGGGUCCACUGGACUCCAGACAUCAGAACUCCCCGUGUACACGACUUUGAACGGGUAUGCGGCCAGCCCUCUUGGAGCAACCACCCUCAACUACGCCACGGACACCAUCCCCUUCCCGCCGCCUCCGUCUCAUCUAGUCAGCGCGCAGCAACAGGCAGCGGCUGCGGCGGCUCUGUCACGACUCCAGGCUGCCAGUGGGGUGAAGGACGAGCCACAGACCGUACCCGACAUGCAGAGCUUCGGGGACAGCCCCCCUCUGUCUCCCAUCGACAUGGACAACCAGGAGCGCAUCAAGGCGGAGAGGAAAAAGCUGCGGAACAGGAUAGCCGCCUCCAAAUGCCGCAAAAGAAAACUGGAGCGGAUCUCUCGGCUGGAGGACAAGGUCAAGAGUCUGAAAACGCAGAACACCGAGCUGGCGUCCACAGCCAGCGUCCUCAGGGAACAAGUGGCCCAGCUGAAGCAGAAGGUGAUGAACCAUGUCAGCAGUGGGUGCCAGCUUUUACCAAACCAGGUCCAAGCGUACUAAGACUCCAGUACUGGAUAUUUUUACAGCUCUAAAUUUGCUCUGAGGAUGCAGGCCUGUGCUUUACAGAACUUUAGUAACCUUUAAUCCUUAUCAGAGUCUUGGUAUGAGGUCACUGCAAAUGCACCAUGCAGAUAAAGCCUUCAGCUGAGAGAGAAAACAGACAUGUUCUUUAUAAAGAAGAACAAGCCAAAGUGUAUUGGAUAUUUAGCUGCAGGUAAAUGUGCAGCCUCCGAUCAUUCAUGAAAAUGUGGCAGUGUUUUGCAGCAAACAGACUCAUGUUGCUGCCCUUUGUUGUUUUUUUAUUUGGGAAAGCCAUGUAGCAGACAGCUAUCCAUUGGACUCUUUGUGAAGGAUAGCAUUUAUCAGUGUGUGUAAAGCUGGACAAUCUCAGUCGAGUGCAACCAAACACCAGGGUGUCACCAAGUGCUGUCAUCCAACGUGUAAUAUAAUGCCUUACUUGUUUACAAGCACUUCGCUAUGACAAAUAUAUAUUUUAUUUACUGAAACAUUUCUUAUUUUACAUGUCUUACUUCUUGUAUUUGUUCUGCUCAAUUGAACGCUGCAUGUCUUGUCGCUUUCAUGUACAGUAACUGUAUUUCUCAUUAUGAUGGCUGCUGUGUAGUUGCCACCUCCAUGAAUGUAUGUGUACAUGCUGAGAAUUCUUAUGUAUCAUGUGUAAAGGACUUUAAAGUCUCUACCUGACAUUUAUUAAAUUCACUACAUUACUAAACCUCAA